ACUUUAAUCUUUUUAUCUAGUACUCCAACCAAACUGUGUUUUUUUUUACUGAAUUUAGGGUUAGGAACAGUGCUACACUACAUUUACUGGGAAUGAAUUGUAGUGUCUCAAACUAACAGAACACUGUCCCAAACUCAAAUGGCUGUUUCAUGACAUGGAGGUGGUUUUGAUAGAAUUGUGCAACAAUGAUCCUUUAGUGCAGGCUUUUAUUUUUUGUCUCUUUAGUGAUUUUAUUCUAAUUAAGUUCAAGCAAAAACAGUAAAUUUUGUUUCACACUUAAUUUAAAGAAUGAGUGGGAAAUGGUUGUAUGCUAAAAUUAUGUAUUUGGUGAUAUAGAGUUGGGUUGGAGACUUGGAGGUGGUUUUCAAAGAAAUGCAUUUAUCGUAGAAGGUGCCCCAAAUUUGAUGGUUUGAUUUAAUAUGCUAUUUCAAGAACGUGUUCUAUAUGUUUGUGUGUUAUGGGUAGGUUGGAAUCAGAGGACGCGGUGCCGUAUUUAGGAGAGACUGUGAUGAAGAAGCUGGCAGGAAAUGAAGUGUUUGGGUAUGUGGAUGGUGACUUGGCUUCAGCAAAGUUCAAUAAGCCAAAGAGUUUUGCCGUUGAUCUCAGCGGGAAUUUAUAUGUUGCUGACCAUCGUAACCAUGCCAUUCGGAAGAUCACCAAAUCAGGUGUGACCACAAUCGCUGGAGGUUAUUCACAAAAGGCUGGCCAUGCUGAUGGACCUGCUCGUGAUGCAUCAUUUUCUGAUGAUUUUGAGUUGACCUUUAUCUCUGAAAUGUGUGCUUUGCUGAUAUCUGACCAUGGCAACAGAUUAGUUCGUCAAAUAAGUUUGAGAACAGAAGAUUGUAGCAGGCAGUCUGGCUCUGUUCUCGGAACCACCUCUGCCUGGCUUCUUGGUUUGGGACUCUGCAGCGUAAUCAGCCUUGCUGUUGGCCUUGUGAUCCGCCCAUAUGUUAUUCCAUAUGAAGGCGUCAGACGUCAUCAGCUCCUCUGGACAUGGACACGUUGCCAAAUGAGUCUGGAGAGACAUGUACCGAUGCUCUUCUCUGACUUGAGAAGCGCAGUUGUUAAAUCUACAGUAUAUUUGCGCGGUCAACAGAUCAUUUUGCUCACUCUCUCGCACUUAUCCCUCAUGUUUAGGCGUACGCCAUUAGAGUCUCGUCCUAGUUCUGUAAAAAAAGUGUCUUUGUUGGACUUGGAUGAAGUACGUAAUAGUAAUAGCAGUAGCAGUAGCAAUAGUAGUAAUACAGUCAUCUCACAGCAGGUGGCAGAUCAACUGAAAGAUCUGCUCACUUUUGACAAAGGGCUUUUGAUGGCACCCGUGAAUACAGAUGAAAUUGUGGAGCCAGUAAGCAAGCAUGAGCACCAAACGAUUGAUGGUAUGAUUAAGGCAAAUCUAGCUAGUUUUGAAGGUGAAGCUCUUAAAGUCGAUUCCUUUGACAGCCGGUUGGGAUUGGUGAGGCGAAGAUGAAGUAUAUGUCAUCCACGCAAUGUGUCGUCUUCGUUGUCGUAUUGUAAGUGUGAUAUAACCAUACAAUGCUUGUUUCGAUUGUAGCAGAUGCUUCAAAUGCAUUAUGGCAGCUCUAUGUUUGUUUUGGUA